AUCACCGCCUUUCAGAUCUUUAAAAGCUGGUGCUUUGCUGUGUCUCUCUCGAUCUCCAUUUGUCUCCUCUGGCACUGCAGGGGACUCACCCGGCAAAACACCAAGGAAAGCUACUGUAUAGAAACGGGAAGAAGACUGAGGAAAGGGGAGAGAAAGGGAGAGAGAAGGGAAAAUAUACAUCCAGAAAUAGCAUCAGCCACAUUUAACUGACAGAAAGUGACAGAGAGGACAACUUGAGACCUGGACAGAAAAUGCCUAUUCUUUCUAACUUAACAACCGUUGUUUUAUUGCUGAUUGCACAGUGCGGAUCAUGGACCGGGGCAAACCGUUUGGGCCCCUUCAAGGUCUGUCCCUCCUGCAGGGAUCCACUGGGGGCAGGUCGGCCCCCCAGGGACCAUAAUGUUGCUGGCAGCACAUCAGUGUUGGCCCAGGGAGAGCCCUGUGGUGUGUACACCCUGAGCUGUGCCAAGGGGCUCCGCUGUGUUCCCCCAGCAAGGGAGCACAGCCCCCUCCAGGCUCUGUUGCAGGGAAGGGGCAUUUGCGCCAAGCACAGCAGGACUAGUCCCACUGAGAGGCCCCACCCCACAGGUCCUCAUCCCUCACACAGUGGUGACAUUGAAAGAGCACCCUGCCGCAAGCUGCUCAAUAGUUACCUGAGGGGUCUGGAGCUGACAAUCUUCCAGUCUGACCGCGAUAUCUAUAUACCCAACUGUGACACUCGUGGUUUCUACAGGAAAAAGCAGUGCCGCUCCUCCAAGGGCAUGCAGCGUGGCCACUGCUGGUGCGUGGAUGAGCUCGGCACGCCCGUGCCCUCAAGUGCCAGCGAAGAUGGCACUUUACCAUGCGAUGGGGAGUGAGGGAUGAGUCUGUCCUAUUGCUUUGAGCCUGGAGGAAGAGGAGAAGUUGGAGGAGGAGGAGGAGGAGGUGGUGGUGGAGGAGGAGGAGGAGGAGCACAGGGAGAGGGGGGGUGGCUUUAGCAUGUGCUAAACACUGCCUGGACAGGAGGUAGCAGGGAUAAACCACUUCCUAUGGAAAAUACACACCAGUUAACGUUGUCCGCUUUAAGCAAGACACACACACUCUCACAGUCCAGCAGCAGCAGCAACAAUAACAUCUGCCUGAAUGUUCAACAGUUGCAGCAACGUUCUCUGCGUCGUCUGGUGACAAGCUGCAUGCUCACAUUAAUGCUCCGUGAACUGCCUCAGUGAUCCAAGCGGUAUUACUCCGAAUGAUCUCUAUAUUCCCUGGCUCUUGUCCUGGCUUUCUGGUAGAUUUUUAUUUUACUUUUUACUUUAGGAUAGCUGACACUGCCUGUGUUUGUUCUGAUCUCAGUGGGCUGAAAUACUGUUACGCAGGUGACGUGACACAAAUGUUUGAAAAAAUGUGUCUCCCUCACCGUCCUCUCUCCCUCUCUCCAAAGAUACACUGAUAUCAAAAUACCUAAUUGACAGAAUAUUUCUUUUUUUUUUUUAUUUAUUUUUGAGUCUGUAUUUCCAUAAAGUACUGCUUGAAUCUUACAGUAUCUUAUAUAUGGUGUCAAGUCAGAAAAAAUAGUCAUACGAAUAUGAUCUUGGAUGCUUCUGUUCAUUUUAUUUGUCAAAAUGGCGUUCUGACUGCUUAUUAGUUGAUUGUUUGUACAUAUGUUGGAAUUUUGUGGUCGACUGUGUGUUCUGAAGUGGCAGACAAAAAGCUUACGGCUGUUCCCUUUUCAAAAAGUUGUAAGGCAUAUUUUUAUACACGUCAAUAUAAUAUUUUAUAUAUGAAUUGUUGGUUUAUUUAAUGAACUACAGUACAAUGCCAUGUAUUUUUAUAUUGUCAGCAGUUUCUUAUUUAAAGACAGAGAUUAUUUUAUUUCAUGUUAGGGGAAGUGUUGUGCUUUAAAGGCACCUUUAUGGCAAAACUCAUCACAUUCAUCAGAGCUCUAUUCAACUGCUGCACAUCCUUAUGGUUAUAUCUCAUGUUUUUAAUUUCCUUUUUUAUUUAUGCUUUGUUUAUUUGAGAAUUGAGAAUGUCCAUGUUACUAUUAUGUUUUAUGUUGGCACAUCAUAAUACAAAUUCUGAUUUCAAUAGAGGAAAAAAAAAAGCUCAAAUUUGUUAUUGUUAUAGUAUGUCUUUCCUUGUCCUUGCAAAAGUCAUGAAAUUGUGUGCUAUUAAAGUGUGAUUAGAAUUUAUCUGUUUCUGAACAAUCUUGUUGUGCCAAUGUGUGUGCCGUGAUGAUAGGUCCGUGCACAAAGGACCUGUAAGAUUUGCAAAUAUGAAAAUAAAACAUAAUGAUAAUAAAAAUGGAGAAGAAUUAAACAUAUAUUAAUAUAA